AGCAACUGGUCAUGGUGGAACUGUCAGGAAUUAUUGAUUCGGACUUCUUAGAAAAAUGUGAAAACAAAUGCAAGAUUUUGGGAAUAGAGACAGAGAGGCCCAUUUUACAAGUGGACAGAUACGUAUUUGCAGGAGAAUAUGAAGAUACAUUGGGAACCUGUGUGGUUUUUGAAGAAAAUACAGAGCAUGAUGCAGAAGGCAACGAAAAAGUACAGCUGAAAUACAAGUGCCACACAAUGAAGAAGUUGAACAUGACACGGACACUCUUGACAGAAAAGAAGGAAGGAGAAGAGAACGUUGGGGGAGUGGAGUGGUUACAAAUCAAGGACAGAGACUUCUCCUACAGCAGGCCUAAUACUAUUUGCAGCUUUCUGCGUGAAAAGGAAGAUUCUGAAGAGUCAGCUCAGGCCCAAGACAAAUUGACUGAAGAGUUAGAGGGAGAGGUGAGUGGUGGAGGAAAUUCUGACAUGAAUUGUGAUCUAGAGAAGCAGCAUAGCUUGGAAAUAGAUGUGUCUAUUCCUCUGCCUGACAGCCCUGCUUCUGGGGCAGAGGAUUCUCCUUCUGGAAGUGUUGCCUUAGAUGAUGCCCUUCCAUGAUAUCAGCUCUAAUCUUUUCAGGAUUUCUUCAUGGAGUUAAUGGGCCAGCUUUUAAAUGCCAACUUUUAUAGGCAGUGACAUGAUUUCCAAAUUAUCUGAGCAAUUAAUAGUGGAAAAAUGGACAUUGUGUUCUUGUGCAUUGUUUUUAUGUUUGGACUAUAGUGGGGAGGGCUUAAGUGUUUUUUGAAAAUGCUUAUCGGAAAGUGUGUCUCUUUACC